CUGCUGUUUUAAGACUAACUUUUUGUUUGACCAUCAUCCAAGAGUGAUGUUUUAUGUUCCAGUACAGCUCUGGCACUCUGAAGGAACUUAACUUUACUUUACAGUGAGCACAGUAGACUUCUCUUCAUGCAGCUUAAAAGGAGGACACUUUCGAUUGAGAAUUUCCACGAUCUUCAUAAAAUGACAUUAUCCAGUGGUGAGAAAUUAUGCCGCUACUCGUCUAAUGUGUGACCCGUUGGGAUCUGGUCUAGUUUUCAACUCCUGGUCCCUUGUUGGGAGGAAAACGGUGUAUUUAAAGACAAAAUCACGUCUGAGGAUUUAGAAGAGUGAUUCGGAGAACUCCCAUCAUAGCACCUCGGUACUUCUGAUUUGAGUCGGGAGAACAACAGCCGUCCAGAUGCAGUUUCGACUUUUCUCCUUUGCCCUAAUCGUGUUGAACUGUAUGGAGUACAGCCACUGUCAGACGCAGUCGCAUCGCUGGAGACGUAACAAAAGAGCAGCUAGCUAUGGAGUGUACCCCAUCUGCAAAGGCUGUUCGGUGUGCUCAAAGGACAACGGGUGCAUGAACUGUCAGCCCAAGCUCUUCCUCUUCCUGCGGCGGGAGCGGAUGCGGCAGUACGGGGAGUGUCUUCACGCCUGUCCGUCAGGAUACUACGGCCAGCGAGCACCAGACAUCAACAUGUGCUCCAGGUGCCGGAUAGAGAACUGCGAGUCGUGCUUCAGCAAAGACUUCUGCACAAAGUGCAAGCCGGGCUUUUACCUGCACAAAGGCCGCUGCUUCGAUAAGUGUCCCGAAGGCUUCGCCCCGCUACAGGACACCAUGGAGUGUGGAGAGGGCUGUGAGGUGGGCCAGUGGAGUGAGUGGGGCUCGUGCACCCGGCGGAACAAGACCUGCGGCUUCAAGUGGGGCCUGGAGACGCGCACGCGGCACAUCGUCAAGAAGCCGCCCAAGGACACGAUACCCUGCCCCACCAUCGCCGAGUCCCGCCGCUGCAAAAUGUCCAUGAGGCACUGCAGGAGAGGUGGUUCGGUGAAGCAUCGAGGCAGCAAAGAACCAAAGAAGAAGAACAACAACAAGCAGAGGCUUCGCUUCCGGGCUCAGAACCAGCACAGCGACCACCUGGCUUCACUGCGGGCCAGUAGCCCAUGAGGACUGAGACCAGCCUGCCACCCCCAAAACUCAAAGCUGCUAUCUGCUGCUCCUCACACACACACACACACACACACACACACACGCACACACACACACACACACACACACACAUGUAUGCGCACACACACACAUACAUACACACGCGCACACACACACACUUUCAUACACAGAAACCCCAACCCCCCACCAAACACAACCUCACUGUCAUUCACACACUUAGUUUCCUUUUCUCUCUCUCUCUCUCUCUCUCUCACACACACACACACACACACACACACACACACACACACACACACACACAUGCUCACAUGUAUACCUACACAUAGGUACUCCACACAUGCUCACACAUCUCUCUCUCUCUCUUUCUCUGUCCAUCUCUCUCUCUUUCUCUUUUUCCUCUCUCUGUCCCUGCUGCUGCUUGUCCAUGUGCCAGUGACACAUCCCCUUGACCUUUCACCUCCCCCCACUGUGACAUCACAGAACUCCGCAGCAGUUCUUCCCUUUCUGCUCACAUCUCAUUGGUGUCUGAGGUGGACGUGCGGAGGGAGAAAAAAGACUGAGGUGUGUUUUAAAGAAAACUACAAAAGAAAAGAUGUUCUAAUAAUAUUCUAAAACAAAAAAAGGAAAGCACGAGGACUGGAUGGACAUGAGUCGCGGUUGAAUGUUGGCCGGUUUGGACACGGACGAAGGAAGCAAAGGCAAAUGAUCCAGACAGUGAAAGAGAGAGAGAGAGAAAGAGAGAACAAGAGGGAGAAGGAGGAGGGAAAGAAUGAUGAUGAAGAUCUUCGACAUCUUCUUGAACAACAAAAAAAAUGGGAGAACUGUUGAAAGGAUUGACUGAAUGACCUGAAACAAUAAAAACAGAGACUUGUGUAUAUUUAUGUCAAAUGGAACCUUUGUUUUUCCUGAUGGAGACGGCGAGUGUUAGAAAACUGCCUUUUUCUCGGUUGAUUAUGUACAUUUUUGAGAGUAAUGGUAACUAUUGUACCAUGCAUAGUUGCAAAGUAUUUUAUUCUCAGCACAAAAUGUUUACGUCAAGACCGCUUUAUGCUUUAAAACUGUAUAUUAUGGAUAAAGAAAUUUAGUUCGACUAGCAUGGCCACACACACCUGUACAGUACAUAGUGGGUGAGUUUGUCUAAGAAUAAAAAAAACCUAUUACUGUAUUUUCAGUAUUGACUCCUUCAAGGUUCUAUGUGUUAGAAAAACUUACUACCCAGCUACCGAUAAGAAAAAAAAGAUGCAAAAACAUAGCCAACACAUACAGUAGCUAUUGCAUUUAUUAUAUGGUAUAUAUUUGAUUUAUUUAUUGAUUCUAUUUUGUACUUUUUUUGUGUUUGGUGACAAUUCAUUUUUGUCUCUGUUACUGUUACACUCUGUGCUGAAAUAUUCUUUGAAGACCUUAUAACAAUACAAUUAUCUUCAAAAAAGUGCAAACUUUUGGUUGUGUCUUGGUAUCUACUGUUUGGGAGAAAAUCUGUUGUAUCUUUAAGUCAACAUUCAUUGAGAUUAAUGUCAGUUUAGUCAGCCGUAUAGUGCUUUAGAGUCAAUAUCAAUGCCACAGUGGA